GCUCCGUUUUGUCGACUACAACAAGUUGACAGAAGAAGACUGCGCAUAGAGCCUCCAAGGCUUGGGUGUCCUGGCAUCAAUGAAAAAUCAGAUUACAUCGCUUACCCGGUGUCUUCCAUAGCCACAACGGUGUCGUCCAAAUGACCAUGCCUAAUAAAUCCAGCCUCAUAUUGCGGGGCACCACUGCAUCCGAAACGACGCCGGUUGAUGCAACACCCGACCCAAAAACGAAUGCCGUGCCCAAUCAGGCAGAUUCCGGGGCGUGGAGUGCUGCAUCGGCGAAUAGUAAACAUGGGUGUAAAUUGAGUGCUGAUGAGCACGCGCUUCCUGACAGGUGCCAAGAAAGCUUGGUUGGAGCGACGCAAUCUACAUGUGUGACAAACAAUGGAUUAGAGCCAUAAGUCACGCAGAAUCAGGGAUUG